AGAGGAAGACUGCAGUGCUCUGAAGCUUUUAAUGUGGUUGGCUGCACAAGGCCUACAACGGUACUGAAGAAGCAACUUCAGGAAGUGGGAGUAGGCGUGCAAAUAUCCUGUUGUGUGUGUGUGUGUGUGUGUGCGUUUGCCUGUCUAGGAGUGUGUGAGAAUGUGUGCAGUGACACACAUCAUCAUAACCAAGUUGAAGACUCAACGUGAAGGAGACAUAACAGUACUGUGUGUACUGGAUGGAUGUUUUUGAUUUGGAUUUCUGUGACAAGGAUUUAAUUCAACCUUUCAAUGGAUCAUGUAUAUAAAUAAGAACAGGAAAGGAUAAUCACCUGACAUUACGAGGAAAGGUUUCAUGCACCGGUAGCAUCAUGCCAGUCACGUUCGGAGAGCUUAGCACCCUCACCACUCCACUUUCAGUGGCUCGUCUCUGCGCAUUGUUCUUCAGCUGCCUCACUUUCAGCCUGGCAUCCUCCAUGGACUAUGAUUUCAAAUCGACUGAGCAUACCUACCGUAGCACCUUCUACAGCUUCUGCAUGGUUAUAUGGUGCCUCUUCUUUGUCCUCACCUUCCUCAUUGUCAUCAUCCACUUCAUCCAGUUCCACAACUUGUUACCCCUUUCCUGGAAGAACCUCACGGCCACUGUGGCGGCUCUUGGUGCACUCAUGGCGUUUACUGCCUCCUUCGCCUUCACAUGGACCCUAGCGGGUAAUUCUGAAAACUCUGAUCCCAGGACAAUAGCGGCUGCCGUGGGCUCAUAUCUCGCCUCUCUGGCUUACUUCAUAGAGCUCCAGUUGAUUCGAUCACAGAGCGAUGGCCACCAGCGAGGCUACAUGGCCACCGUACCUGGACUUCUCAAAUUGCUGCAGGUCUUUGGAGGAUGCAUAGCGCUGGUGCUGCUCAGCAUCCAAUCCGAACCCCAAUGGAGGACCUGCGUGUCGGCUGUAACUUACAGCGUGUGCCUGCUUCCAUCUGUAGGCACAGUCCUGGUGAUGCUAAUGGACUGUGCGGCUCGCAGCCCUGUACCAUUUGACCGGCUCCUCGCCAGCUUCAGUCUGCUGGGAUUGAUCAUGUAUACCGUAGGCACAGUAGUUUGCUUCACACGAGCACUGGAGCAGCAAGGUGGAGCUCAAAAACAAGGAGCUGUUGUUAUUAUAAGUGAGACGGUGAUGGCAUGCAUCACUUUGUUGGCAUACACGGUGGACCUGGCUUUCUCGGUUAAACUGCUGUGUGACCGAAAUUAAGGAGUGACACCAAAAAGUGGAGGACAUGGCUUGUUAGUUAAAGUGUGGGUGAUGUUAUUCAUAAUUCAGUAUUAUUUAAACCACACAAGGUUGUGUGUUUUUGUUAUUAUGAUAAAUUAUCAUAAAAGGCGAAUAUUUCCGUGCUGUUUUCUGAGAAAUACUAUUUACACUUUAGAAUAAAUAUACAUACAUUAUACGCUGUCUGUCGAACGUUUUUAAUCACUUGGAGUUCCUUACCUUGAAUUACAGUUCGAGUUUUAGCUCUAGUGCUGUAGAUUAAAAAAGAGAAAGACUGGCAAUUCAUUAUGAAACAAUCCCAAGGACGUCAUCGGAAACUUGUUUUUUUGUUUGUUUGUUUGUUUUUUUUCGGAUUUAAAAGCACUCUAAAUUACAGCUUUAGUAAAGUGUUAACCAGUGAAAACUGACUGUUUUAAAAUGGUUUGUAAGACAAAUAUACUGUAUAUGUGUGCUACAAGUAGCUUAUUACAGUCAUUCAUGUCUAGGCCUGUUCCAAUUAGAUCUGGAUUGUUUCCAAUUAAAAUAAAAAGUCACACGUUUUUCUCAGUGCUUGCUCAUUUGAAAGUAUUGUACAUAAGACCGCUGCUUAAUAGCACAACAUGUAUAGAGAAUAUAAGAUUGUUUAAUCCCUAAUUAAUGUGUUGAUUAGGGACGCACUGAUCUGUGUAUCUGAUGGAGCGAUUUUGCCCUGAAACAAUGGAUUGUUAUCAGAUUAGAUGGGAUUUGGCAUAUUUUUUAAUCCGAUUCAAUGUGCAGUGUUGUUCAUUGGGGAUCUUUAUUUCUGAAUCUCUUUACUAGCUGAAAGACAAUAAUGGCGAUGUCAGAAUUGGAUCAUUAACUCAUAUACUCAGUACUGUAUUGAAAUGAACAAUGUGGGAAU